AUGACGUCCGCUCUCAAGCUUCAUUCAUCGCCCCCUAUUUCGGAAAGUCCUUGUUACAUUGUCACGACCACUUUGUCAGAAUCUGCUCUAGAUGGUGAUCAUCACGCUUCUGUUUUCCUUGUGCAACUACCAACAUUUCUUCUCUGCGUCUCAAAUGUGUCAGCGAAGUCGGCCGAAUCUCCACGGCCACAGUUGUGCCUCAAUGCCGUAUCUGAUCUUGUCACCUACGCACUCUUCUACUCUGCUACUCUUAAUUAUCUAAACCUUUGGAAUAUAACCGACCUCUUCACUCCAUUCUUGUGGUCUCCAUUUCAUCAUAUCGUCUCAACCUACUCUCCACCCAACCUUCGUCCAGGAGUUCAGUCUGCAUCAACCGAAUAA